UUUAUCGCCAAACUCCGAAGUCCGAAGUUUUAAUAUUUCCAACCAAUAACAAAAUAACACACUUCAAGAGAGAAUUAUGAAAGAAAUGAAAUAAAUCAAAACAAAAGCCGCUCAAUAGUUUACAGUUAUAAUUACAACUGACGUGAGAUCGAACGGUUACAACCAUGAGUUCCAGGAAGCCGUUAACUAAAUCGCAAAAACUGCAGUAUGAAAAGAAAUAUGAAAAGAGAUCGCUAUACAUACCAAUAAAAUACUUUCUUAUCGCUAUUGUUAUUUUAUUAGCAGCCAGUUAUAAAUUGUAUUUCGUUAAAACUGAUUAUGAGAUGCCAGAAAUAGACUUAGAGCAAUGGUGGGGUUCAUACCCAAUGAAUGAAAUUGAUACUUCUAUAAGACCAUUUACGAUUGAAUUCUCCGAUGUAAAAGUAAAUGAUCUGAAAGAGAGAUUACUGCACCGAGCUCAAUUCGCACCUCCUUUAGACAGUGCCGGCUUCUCAUAUGGCUUCAACAGUCUGUUUCUGCCCAAAGUACUGGAUUUCUGGCAAAAAGAAUACAAUUUUGAGGAACGAGAACGGUUCUUGAAUAAGUACAACCAUUUCAUCACUGGCAUGCAAGGAUUGGAUGUACAUUAUAUGCAUGUGAAACCUGAUUUGGGUGUUGGAGAUGAUAUUACUGUCGUACCUUUACUCUUGAUCCAUGGCUGGCCCGGCUCUAUCCGAGAGUUCUAUGAACUGAUACCAAAGCUUGUCACUCCUCGACCCAACCAUAAAUUCGUCUUCGAAGUCAUUGCUCCUAGCAUUCCAGGAUUUGGGUAUUCGCAAGCCCCAGUACAACAAGGCAUGGGGGCAAAAGAAGUAGCAGUAGUCUUCUACAACCUAAUGAAGCGCAUUGGUUAUACAAAGUACUAUGUGCAAGGUGGCAACUAUGGUGCAAAGAUUGGAUCCGUUAUGGCUACUCUGUUCCCUGAUUCUGUGCUAGGAUUCCAUACCAACACACCGAGUGUAUCGUGGAGUCCUAUGUCAAUAUUUUAUACUCUGUUGGGAACAAUAUGGCCAAACUUCAUAGUAGAACCUAGCCUGGCAGACCGCAUGUACCCACUGUCACAGUACCUGAGCACCAUCGUACAGGAGACCGGACACUUUCAUAUGCAAGCCACUAAACCUGAUACUGUCGGUAUUGCGCUUUCAGACUCUCCAGCCGGUUUAGCAGCAUAUAUCUUAGAAAAAUUCUCAGCAUGGACUAACAUAGAAAAUAAACAGGCCAUCGAUGGAGCCUUAUUGCAGAAGUUCUCAUUAACACAUCUCCUGGACAAUGUGAUGAUCUACUGGACGACCAAUAGUAUAACCAGCAGCAUGAGGCAUUAUACUGAACAUAAGCAGCUGUGGACAUUGGAUCGAGUCCCAACAGACGUGCCAACAUGGGGUAUCAAGUUCAAAUACAACCUCUGCUUCCAACCGGACAGCAUUCUUAGACUGAAGUACAGGAACUACUUGCACAGCUCUAUAGUAGAAGAUGGAGGACACUUCGCUGCUAUGGAACUACCUGAUAUACUGGCUGAUGAUAUUUUUGAUGCUGUCGAUACUUUUAUUAAGUUCAAUGAGGAGAGGAACAAAAGCGGACCACUACCUGAACCAGUUGAAUCAAACGCUCAACAAACUAAAUCAAAAACUGCUUCAACCGAACCAACCGAAAAGCCUACUGAAUCAGCCAAGAAACCAACUGAACCAGCCAAACAACCAAAUGAAUCAGCCAAGCAACCAAGUGAACCAGCUAACAAACCAACUAAACCAGUCCAGCAACCAACUGAACCAUCCAAACAACCAACACAAGUAGACUACAUGAAAGCGAAAUCAGUUCACGAAUUCACUGUAAAAGACAUCAAUGGUAACGAAGUGAAACUCGACCGGUAUAAAGGACAAGUACUUAUAAUUGUCAACGUAGCUUCCAAUUGCGGCUACACAAACGUUCACUACAAACAAUUAAACGAACUGUACGAAAAAUACAGCAACAAAGGUCUACGUAUACUGGCCUUCCCCUGCAAUCAGUUCGCUUACCAGGAACCAGGGAGCCCUGAAGAAAUUUUACAAUUCACUAAAGCCAAACAAGUGAAGUUCGAUUUGUUUGAAAAGGUCGCUGUCAAUGGCGAAGAUGCUCAUCCUCUUUGGAACUUCUUGAAGAGGAUGCAAGGAGGUACUUUGGGUGACUUUGUUAAAUGGAACUUUUCCAAGUUCAUUGUUGAUAAAAAUGGCGUCCCUGUUGAACGGUUUGGUCCUAACACUGAUCCUUUAGAGUUGGUACCUUAUUUGGAGAAACUUUUUGAUCAGUAAACUUUGAUUGGGUGUGAAAAAGUGAGAAUUCCAUUUAGUCCGGUCGAUAGAUUGUAAAAAAUACAAUUAUUUAACAUUUGAAUUUGGAAUUUGAACAAAAAAUUUGACAUGAUUAAUCUACUCGAUGGACAAGAAUACUAAACCAUUGUCCCUAAUUCCCUAUCCAUAAUAGUAGGUUCAAAUUAUAGUUACAUGUCUAAAUUCGCAAAUAAAAAAUGGUAAUGACCUCUGGUAGCCAGAACGCAAAUCUAUGCGAUACAUUAUAUUUUCUAAUGUGUAUCAUAAUUGGAGAAAGAACUGUGUUCUAGUCUGUGUAAGUAAUAAACAAGUACGUUACAUAGAAUUAAAAAUAUGGCACCAGAUGUCCAUGGGUAGGGUAUAAAAUAUACCAAAUUAUAAUGAAGUACCUAAGUAACCGGUAUGAAAAUUCUGUAAAUAACCUUGUCAAGGUUUUUAAAUAUACUAGUAGAUAUUUUUUCUAAUACCUACAUGAUAUGUAUGACUUAUAUAAUACUAGCUUUUACGCGCGGCUUCGCUCGUCACAAAAGGAUAAAAAGCCAAUGUGACAUAUACCAAUACA